GUUUUCUGAUGCCUAUCGCCUUGUACCGGCAGCUACUACCACUCGCUCAAAGACGGAGAUUUCAUCCAAGUCGACCUCCAUGUCCACGACGGAAUCGUCGACUUCUACGACCAAGAGCUCAAGCGUUAAAACUUCGACUUCCACAUCGAGUAAACCGACUAGCGUUUUGUCUUCGUCCUCAACCUUACCGCUCGCAACGUUUACCCAGCCUAAAAUCCUAACAUCCACAGUGAGCACGGUUGGCACGCCAUCAUCUACCCUAGCCGCCAACUCGGCUAGCAGCAAGAGUAACAGUCCGGGAGCAGGUCCGAUUAUCGGAAUCGUCGCAGCCGCCCUUGUCGGUGUAGCGAUUCUGUCCGCCCUCAUCGGGUUCAUCUGGAAAAAGUGCGUGCGUCGCGACGACCCGUACGAAGCCAACCCCUUCGACAAGGACGACUUCCGGCGCCACUCUGCAAUGCUGCCAGAUACCUUCGACAACGAUGACGGUGCUCCGUCCAUGUCAGAACACCACAACUUCAGCCCUAACAUGUAUGAGGGCGCCGGCAUGGCCGGCAUGGGCAUCAUAGCCGCCGGUGCUGGCGUUGCCGCUGCGUCUGACCGCAUGGCGCACAACGAGAUCGGCGCCCCACGACCGCCGACCAUGUUCCAGCGUCACAUCAACGGUCCUGCAGCUCAAUUUGAUUCGAACGCAGCGUACUCGCAAGCGCCGAACGUCCCGCCCGUCCCAUCGAUGGGCGCGUAUGGUCCCGCCUACCCUCAACUACCGCCGAUGGCAUUUGGCGGCGCCGCUGAGGCAUUCGUGGCUGGUGGCGUGCCGCCCAUGGCCAACGUCGCGAACCCGUACGCACAUCUGGACCGUGGUAUGCAUGAUGCCAGCAGUGGCCUCGGUCGCUCGGGUUCAAACGUGUCAGGGUCUGGCGGCUCGGGAGGGUACGGCUCGGCCCAGGAGGACUACAUGGACACCGCCGGUCGUCCUGGCACAUCUGAGAGUCGCUCGGGCACACCAGACCUACCCAAUGUGCAGCAGACGUAUGCGGCGCUGGACCAGCACAACCGCUUCCCGAAGUUCAACUCGCCUCCCUCGGAGCCGGUACGCAACCCGUUCGGCGACGGCGGCAACGACUCCCACAACGCUGCGCAGCAGCACGAUUCGAUGGACAGCACGAACAUGCUGCAACAUUACUACACCGGGUCUAAGGGUAGCGCCAGCGGCGCUGGUGCUGAUGCCGGUCGCAACGCGAGUCCGAUGACGAUGAUGCAAAAUCACAAUGCCGCGACGGCCGUCAGCAGCUUCCCGGCCAACUUGCAAUCGCAGCCGAGCUUGAGCGUGCGCAACUUCAUGCCUUCGCAAGCUGCGUCCAACACCAGGCCCAUCAGCACCGUUAGCACGCAAGCUGAUCCUGAUGACGCAUACGGCGGCGUAUGGUAGAAGACGCCGACAAAAGGACUCUUUUUCACUUCUUUCCAAUUGCGUUCCGAAUUUCGCAUGGCGCUUCGGCCCCAACGAUGGCCAUCAGCACGUCCUGGUCUCGCUUUUCAUUCUCUUCGAAUCCGACCCGUCGACUCUCCUUUCGAACUCGUUUCCCCCCAGCUUGGACAGCCACAUCCCAAGAUCCGCUUUGAACUACGGUGCACGGGCCGCAUCUCCAGCCUCUUCCUCGUUUAUGAGCUUGUAAUUCUUCGCUUUCGACCGGUCGACUUUGCGUGUAGUCACGGGCUCUCGAUGGGGCUGUCAGAUUCUUCCUGCUUC